AUGCCUUUCAGGUUCCCAGUCAAGUUCGAGAUACCCAAACAUACUCAUAUAAAUGCCCGUGUUCUUAGAGACCAUUUCAAAAGGCUACAAUUUGCUGAACAUGAGGUUACAAGGAAUGCCUUGAAAUACAUUGCAAGGAAUGAGGAAUUACCAUCAAGGGCUAGAGUUGAAGCUCAAUUACAAUUGGCUAGUAUGCCCAAAUACACUUCAUAUGUGCAAAUAAGAGACAGGUGUGUUGCUACUGGGAAUUCCAAAUCGUUGAUUCGUGAUUUCAAAUUGAAUAGAACUGCUUUCAGAGAUAGGGCUAGAGCUGGGCAAAUCCCCGGUGUCAAAGUUGCUUCUUGGUAA